GCGAGCCGCGUUAGUGUGGCAGGGAUGGGGAACAGGGCUGCCCGCGCGGACUUCGAGUGGGUUUACACCGAGCAGCCCCACACCCAGCGGAGGAAGGAAAUUUUGGCCAAAUAUCCAGCCAUCAAGUCUUUAAUGGGACCAGAUCCCCAUUUAAAAUGGAUUGUGACAGGAAUGGUAUUCACUCAGCUUCUUGCCUGCUACCUGAUGAGAAAUUUAGCCUGGAAGUGGGUUUUCUUCUGGGCCUAUGGUUUUGGGGGCUGCAUCAACCACUCUAUGACGCUAGCAAUCCAUGACAUCUCUCACAAUGUUGCCUUUGGCAACAAGCAGGCCAGGUGGAAUAGAUGGUUUGCAGUCUUUGCCAACUUGCCUGUUGGAUUACCUUAUUCUGCCUCUUUCAAGAAGUACCACAUUGACCACCAUCGAUACCUUGGUGGAGAUACUUUGGAUGUGGACAUCCCUACCAAUUUUGAGGGCUGGUUCUUCUGUACUCCACUUCGGAAAUUGAUCUGGCUUGUCUUCCAGCCAUUUUUUUAUGGUUUGAGGCCACUGUAUGUAAACCCCAAAGCAAUUACUGAGAUGGAAAUAUUCAAUGCUUUGGUACAAUUUUCUGUUGACCUUACAAUCUAUUAUUUGUGGGGUUGGAAGCCUAUUGUUUAUUUAAUAGCAGGAACAAUCCUGGGCAUGGGUUUGCACCCUAUUUCUGGGCAUUUCAUAGCAGAGCAUUACAUGUUUUUGAAAGGACAUGAAACAUAUUCGUACUAUGGACCCCUCAACUGGAUCACCUUUAAUGUUGGCUAUCAUAUGGAACACCAUGAUUUUCCCAGCAUUCCUGGAUGUAGACUGCCAAUGGUAAAGAAAAUAGCAGCAGAAUAUUAUGACACUCUACCUCAGCAUCAGUCAUGGGUUCACGUUCUCUGGGACUUUGUUUUUGAUGAUAACAUCAGUCCUUAUUUAAGGGUUAAAAGAAAAUGCAAAUUGGUUUCUGAACCUUGCUAGAUACCAGCUCUAGCCUUUCCUCUCUGGACUUCUGCACCUUGCAUAUCUUUCCUUCGCAAAUACAAAGGAUGCAUUUUAUGAAGUGUCCUAGGUAGGCGUAGCUGAUGUAUAUUUCUGAUUGCAAAGGAUUUUCUUAAAUCCAAAUAUGAAGAAAUAUUCAAAUGAAGCUGGUAAAAAACCUUCUGCUUUACUACUGUGCAGUACAGAAUUCAGGGAUAGAGUCAGAGGACAGAGGAGCUUGAAUUUACAGACCUGGAAAGUAGAGAAAGGUAUAUGAUAACUGCAGCAGGUCUUUUAUAUGCUCAAAGUUGAAAAAACUUGAUAUUACCUACAAUGGAAGAAUGGAUGGU